AUGGAAGCUAACAAAAAAGCGAAACCUAGUUAUGGCGAUGUGAUUAGCAAUUUACCAAAUGAUCUUCUCUGCCGAAUCUUAUCUUACCUUUCAACAAAAGAGGCAGCUUUAACAUCGAUACUCUCAAAGCGCUGGUCGAAUCUACUUCUAUCGAUACCUAUUCUCGAUUUCGACGAUUCCGUGUUACUGAAACCCCAAAAGGGUCAACGAAAAAAUGUUUUUUUCAAGGCUUUCGUCGAUAGGUUACUCUCUCAACGAGUCGAGACUUCAUCACAUGUUCAAAGAGUCUCUCUCAAGUGUCGUCAAGGAGGUGUUGAACCAGAUUGUGUAAUCAAGUGGAUACUAACAACAGUAAGGGAUCUUGGUGUCUUGGAUCUUUCUCUAUGCAUUGAUUUUGGAAUCUUUCAUUUGCCAUUUAAUGUCUUUAGGAGCAAGACUUUGGUCAAACUUAGAAUUGGAACAAUGAUCCGUCUUUCUCAGUUUCCUUCAGAUGUUGUUUCUCCGACGCUUAAUUCUCUUGUUCUUGAUUUGGUUGAGUUUCGUGAUGGUGAUAAGGUUGAGUUUAGACAGAUUCUGUUAGCUUUUCCUUCACUUCAAAGCCUGCGGGUUCAUGAAUCUAACAAGUGGAAGUUUUGGAAUGGUUCUGCUUCAAGUCGAACGCUUAAGAGUCUUGUAUAUAGAAGUGAUGAUGAUUCCUCUGCUCCUAAACCUUGUGUUUCGUUUGAUACUCCGAGUCUUGUUUACUUGGACUAUUCUGAUAUGGUUGCGGAUAAGUAUGAAAAUCUGAAAUUUGACAGCCUUGUUGAAGCUAGGCUUGAUCUUCAUUUGACCGCUUUUCAAAUCAUGCGCAAACCAAAUAAUAUUGGUAUUGUUUCUGGUGAUGUAACAACCUUGUUCAAGGGGAUCAGAAAUGUCAAGAUCCUCUGCUUAUCUCCGGAUGCUUUAGAGGCGCUCUAUUACCGUGGUGAAAAGAUACCAAUGUUCAACAAUUUGAUUACUUUAUCUCUGGGAAGCGAUAAACCUCAUGGUUCACCAUUCAUCUUCUGGAAAUUGCUUCCAUCUCUGCUCAACAACUCUCUUAAACUAGAAACUCUCAUCAUCAAGGGUCUAGUGCAUUAUGUUGCUGAAGGAUGGGAAGGUUUGAGUCCUAUGACUCCUAUGAGCCGUCUCUGCUUUUCAUGGGAUACUGUGUCUGAUUCUCUGUCAUCAUCUGCGAUGAAGGUUUUAGAGAUCAGUGGGUAUAAAGGAACUUGGCAAGAGCUGAAUCAAAUGAAGCGUUUCUUGGGGAAUCUAUCGCGUCUUGAAGUGGUUAGGGUUUACCAUAAGGCAAUGGAUGAUAAGGAAAGAAUUAACGUCAUGUUUGAUCUUUUUCUUCUUCCCAAAGUUUCAUCUGAAUGCGAUAUCCAAGUCAUGAAGGAAACUGCUUGA